CAGCUCAUUGGUUGAAUGCUAGGUCCUUUGAAACAGUGGUGUAUAAAAAGCCACCCUUGAUCAGCACACAUCAUUGCACAUCCUGACUGAAAGGAACCGGGCAAAAUGAAAGUUUUAUUAAUGCUUGCUGCUCUGACUGUGGCGGUAAAUGGACAAACGUUCCAUUUUGGGUGCUGCCCUACGCCACCAGUCCAGCAAGAUUUUGAUGUUGGCAAAUAUCUUGGUAGGUGGUAUGAAAUUGCAAAGCUCCCUGCCGCAUUUGAGAGAGGGAAGUGUCCCCAAGCCAAUUAUUCUAUACUGCAGGAGGGAGUCAUCAAGGUUGUGAAUGCUGAGCUGCUGCAAGAUGGGAAGGUUGACUCCACCGAAGGGCAGGCCACAGUGACAAACCCGGGCGAACCAGCCAUCUUGGGAGUCACCUUCGAUAAUGGUGUAGCAGAUGCUCCUUACUGGGUCAUCUCCACUGACUAUGCCUCCUACUCAGUGGUGUACUCCUGCACAGACUACUACGGCAUCUUCAAUGUGGACUUCGCCUGGAUCCUUUCGCGCUCCCGAUCGUUGCCUACCAACGUAUUCUAUCAGCUGCGUGGUGAUCUGGAGUCGUAUGGUGUCAGCCUUAGUAAGAUGACUUUGUCUGACCAAAUCGGCUGUGAUGCUAUGCCUUAAGGGCAAUGCAAUAAAGCAAUGCAUUGGAGUUAUCUGUGAUCUCACCCUAAUAAAAAAUAUUUGAGCAAAAA